AUGACAGAUACAAGCGGUGAACAGCAAGCCGUUGCUCAAGCUACAACGUUAAAUUUUACAUCUACUUUCCCGGUACCUUCCCCGAUGGUUUGCCAGGGAGAUAAAGUAGCCAACUGGGAGUCUUUCAAACAGCAGUGGGAAGAUUACGAAGUCGCCACUGGCCUAGAAAAGCGAGAUGCGAAAAUUCGACUAGCCACGCUACGAUCAGUAAUGGGCAAAGAAUGUAUGCAGAUAUUUAUGAAUUUAAAACUAACAGUUGAGGAGAGAAAAGAUAUCGAGAUAUGCAUCGGAGCACUUGAAGCACACUUCAAACCGAAACGAAACGUGGUAUACGAGCGAUAUGAGUUCAACUUAUGUUCUCAGAAUGCAGAAGAGUCCGUAGAUGACUAUGUUAAUCGCCUCAGAAAACUCGCCUCGUCGUGUCAGUUCGGGACACUGACAGAUGAAUUAAUUAGAGACAGACUCGUGCUGGGAAUUACGGACAGAUCGACAAAAUUACGACUUCUCAAAGAAGAUGGUCUCAACCUAAACAAGGCCGUGAACAUGUGCCGCUCAAGCGAAAUUGCGAACAUACAAUUGAAGUCAAUGUCAAGACCACAAACUUGA